AAUAAAAUAAAAAAACUUUCAUCUUCACAGGUUGGGUCUCUCUCUAACCUCUCCAAAAUUCUCCAGAAAAAAUCCAAAAAAAUAGCCAUAAAAGAGAAAAUUCCCAUCCGUUCCCCUCCCUACUUUCUCACUCAUCAGAACCACUCUCUCCCUCUCUCUCUCUAAGAGUUGGUGGAGCAAUUACUGUACAUUAAAGAACCCAAGAGAACGCCGGCCGGGCAUUGUUUUUUUUGGUUGUUUUUGAAAUUUCUGCCUGCGAUCAUGGCCGUUAAUAAUUCCCAGACGGUGGUGGGGGCUGGGCCGACGGCGGGGGGUGUUCCUGCGGCGUCGCUGUACGUCGGAGACCUCCAUCCGUACAUGACCGAAGUUCAGCUGGAGGAGGCUUUCAAAGGCUUCAAGGGUGUCACGUCCGUUCGGCUCUGCAGGGACACCGCCACCGCCACCAACUGUUCUCUCUGCUAUGGCUACGUCAACUUCACCACACCUGAAGAAGCAAUUCGAGCUCUUGAAGUGAUGAACCAUUCAAUUCUUAAUGGAAGAGUGAUAAGGGUCAUGUGGUCUCAUCGUGAUCCCGAUGCAAGAAGAAGUGGAAUUGGGAACGUGUUUGUCAAGAACUUGAGCGAAUCAAUUAAUAGUGUAGAGCUUGAAGAAAUGUUUAAGAAGUUCGGACGUACUUUGUCUUGCAAAGUGGCCAUGUUUGAUGACGGGAAGAGUAAAGGCUAUGGCUUUGUUCAGUUCGAGUCUGAGGAUUCUGCGAUUGCCGCUAUUGAGGCGCUAAAUGGCACAACUGUCAAAAACAAGCAGCUGUAUGUUGCGAAAUUUGUUAGAAAGAGCGAUCGAGUUUUGCCCAAUCCUGAUAUUAAAUAUACAAAUUUGUAUAUGAAGAAUUUGGAUCCAACUCUCAAGGAAGAGCUUGUGGAGGAGAAGUUCUCUGAGUUUGGGAAAAUUGUUAGCUUUGCGAUUGCAAAGGACGACCAUGGGAACUCUAGAGGUUUCGGUUUUGUGAACUUUGAGAACCCAGAUGAUGCUAGACGAGCAAUGGAAGGAAUGAAUGGAUCACAACUUGGCUCCAAGGUUCUAUAUGUUGCAAGGGCUCAGAAAAAGGCAGAGCGCGAGCAUCUUUUGCGUUGGCAGUUUGAGGAAAAACGAAAAGAGCAAAUGUUAAAAUUCAAGGGAUCAAAUGUGUAUGUGAAGAACAUUGACGACGAUGUCAGUGAAGAAGAGCUGGCAGAACACUUUAGUCAAUGUGGUACGAUUACUUCUGCAAAAAUUAUGCGAGACGACAAGGGAAUAAGCAAGGGGUUUGGUUUUAUCUGCUUCUCUACCCCUGAGGAGGGCAAUAAAGCUGUGAAUACUUUUCAUGGAUAUAUGUUUCAUCGGAAGCCAUUGUAUGUGGCUAUUGCCCAACGGAAAGAGGAGAGACAAGCGCAGCUGCAGCUUCAGUAUGCACAGCGUUUGGCAGGAUUUGCAGGUCCUUCACCAACUGUGAUCCCUGGUGGAUACCCUCCUAUCUACUAUCAAGCUCCCUCUGGGGUUGCUCCACAAGUGCCUCCUCGAGCGGGAUUGAUGUAUCAACCUUUGGGAUUGUGGCCAGGAUGGAGACCCAAUGGCUUUGUACCUACAUCUGGACCAGCCUAUCAACCACCACUGGGUCCUGUGAUUCCUAAUGCUCCACGACAACAUAGGCAAAAUAGGGGAAGAAUGAACGGGCAUAUGAUUCCUCAGGGAGGCGCAUAUAUGCCACAUUUACAACAGCCCAAUCCGUUGCUACACUCUGCAAAAGAUUCAAACAAUCAGCAGCGGACAGGGCAGGCUAAGUCUGUUCCUAAUGGGCGUCAACGAGAAAUGAAUAAAGGAGGAGUCUCGUCUGCUGCCUCCAAUUCUGUUGGAGUUGUCGUUCAACCGGAGAUGCUGAGUAGCAUGCUUGCUGCCGCUUCUCCCGAGCAGCAGAAACAGAUACUUGGCGAGCAGCUCUAUCCACUUGUCCAUAAACAAAAGGCCGACCUAGCUUCAAAGAUAACUGGGAUGCUACUUGAAAUGGACAACUCAGAGCUGCUGAAUUUAUUGGAGUCACCGGACUCCUUGACUGCGAAAGUGGAAGAAGCAGUUCAGGUGCUCAGGAUGUCGAAGACCAAAGUACCUAACAAAGAUAACAAUCAUCCGAGUUAUCUAUCUGCUGAGGUUGCAGUCAAUUGAAAAUAGGCGAUGGUGAGAGGCUUUUCCGUAGCUCAAGCUCCGGGAGAGAGAAUUUUUUAUACCAGAUUGGCACCUUCUCCGUCUUUGGCCCGUCACGGUGUUUGCUUUUACUGGUCUUUUGUUCGCACAGCGGAGUAUUUUUCUUCCUUCAUAGAACGUUAAGCGUUUCCUUGCUAUAGAUUACUCUGGUAUCGUAGUAGGAAUGAUAGAUUUGAUGAAGUUUCAGAACUUAAUAUUUUGCGGUUUUGGAUUCAAGUGCUUUUAAUAUUUUGGCAAACAUAAUUAUCUGUUUUGAUUUGAA